UCUAAAAGGAUCCGCUCGUCCUCAGAAUAGUACGCGGUUACCGUAUAGCAGAGCCUUGCCAGCUGACUCUACCUGUCGCUUUCACAGUUGUCAGGGAGUAUGGCGGAUUCCAUGAAGACUUCCUCAGACGUAAUAGGGAAAAUUUCCUUUAGCGCCGUUCUAACUAGGUGGCACUUUCACUUUGCGCCAUUGCUUAGCAACAGGUAUCAGUAAUAGCGGGGGAAGCCAUGUGAGUUCCAGGGGGCGGAGCCCUGACUGUCAGCUUGGGGAGUCCAUGAAGAUGUCUUUAUUGGUCUUGAUGCUACUUUCACUUUCACUUUAGGCAGUUGCCUAGCAACAGGCAUCACCUCUGAUGGAGUGCGCCAUGAGAGUUUCACAGAGUGACGCAGGUUCACAGUGGUCAGGGUGUCUGGCAGCGGGGUCUGUGAAGACUUCGGCAGAUGUAAUAGCGAAUCAUUUCACAGUGGUGGGGUAAACCAUAGGACCAGUUGUGGUUACAUCCUGUGCACCGUGUUGCUGUCCGUAGCCGUUCUGCUGGCUGUCACAGUCACCGGGGCCGUCCUGUUCAUGAACCAUUACCACGCCCCCUCCACCGAACCCCCUCCAGUCAUCACCACCAACAUGGAGGACCCCAACGCGCUGGUCACCAUCGAGAGGGCGGAUAGCUCCCACAUCAAUAUAUUCAUCGACCCCAAUUGCCCCGACCCGUUGCCGCGCCUGGACGGCUUACAGUCCUCAGUGAUGGCCGCACUAGCCAACCAUGACUCGGAGAUGAAGGGCGCAGUGGGCAAGGAACGGGCACUGCUGGCGGGACUGGCUGACCAGGUGUCACAGAUGGUAUCGCAGGUGUCCCGGCAGCGAUCAUGUUGGGAGGACCUGCGGAAGGGACAGAACGGCCUGGUGUCUGAACUUGGGGCCCUGCAGAGUGAGCAGGGGAGACUCAUACAGCUUCUCUCUGAGGGACACAGUCACGUGGCGCAGCUGGUCAGCUCUGUAAGUGAAGUCCUGGACUCGGUCCAUGGAAGAUCCCGCGGAAAAGGUGAUCUCGUCCGGUCACCAGCAAAGAACUCCAGACCCCGUGGCUGCUCCAACGGUUCCAAACCGCGUGACUGCUAUGACAUCUUCAUGAGCGGACAGCAGGAGGACGGCGUCUACUCCGUAUUCCCCCUUCACUAUCCCACCGGAUUCCAGGUUUACUGCGACAUGACAACGGACGGAGGCGGCUGGACGGUGUUCCAGAGAAGAGAGGACGGAUCGGUGAACUUCUUUCGGGGGUGGGAGCAGUACCGGGACGGAUUCGGGAAGCUCUCGGGGGAGCACUGGCUCGGCCUCCAGCGCUUGUACCUGCUGACCAUGCAGACACAUUACCAGCUCCGCAUCGACCUGUCAGACUUUGAGAACGCCACGGCAUAUGCCCAGUACAACACAUUUGGCGUGGGCUUGUACUCCGUGAACCCAGAAGAUGAUGGCUACCCGCUGACAGUGUCAGAUUACACCGGAACGGCAGGAGAUUCCUUGGGAAAGCACACAGGGAUGAAGUUCACCACCAAAGACUUGGACAACGACCAUUCAGAGAACAACUGUGCGAGCUUCUACCACGGAGCCUGGUGGUACCGAAACUGCCACACAUCCAACCUGAAUGGGCAGUAUCUCCGCGGGCACCAUGCCUCCUAUGCCGAUGGCAUUGAGUGGUCUUCUUGGACAGGCUGGCAGUAUUCCCUCAAGUUCACAGAGAUGAAGAUUCGGCCACACCGGGAAGACUAAUGAUAGUCUCUUCUUUCUUGGACUUUUUUUGGUCAAUUUUUUUUUACCAGGGAGGGAAAAGGGACUUACCCUUUUUUUUUUUUUUUUUUUAGUUUGGGAAUGGGAGAACUUUAUUCGGCAACCAGAACUUUCCAACACUGGUUAAUGCCAAUGGACACGAUACGUGGAGAAUUGUGGUUGGAGUAUUUCUUGGCCAGGAGACAUCAUAAAUCAAACACCAGUUGGGGAUGUUCUGCCAGGAUGGACCUUCAGUGCUUCUCCUACAUUGGAUGGGGAUGACCCAACUUGACUUCUCACACUCAUCCCCUCAACGUCCUAGGUGCAAUGUUUAUUUUUUAAUAUUGUUAGUAGUCUGGAUGACUCCUUGUGUGUGGCUGGCAUCUUCUCCAAUAGACGAGUCGUUGACGUUGUGGAUCCUUCGAUGAACAUCUCCUUAACCGUGGUGAUAAUUCCCGAUCCCAUCAUUUGUUGCUGCACUAUGAAUAUUUCGUUACAUUGUCUUUGCCUCUGACACUUGCACAAGAUUACAUUUUUCAACCUGAGAUUGAGACAUUGUACCCGGGUCCAAAUAGGACUCCAAGACCUUGUUAACCCCCGAACGUAGGAAUUGGUUCGGUUAGGGAUGAUGGGCAAAGAAGAUUGGUGUUUAGAAGUAGUAGAGUUGAAAUAUACUUGGAUUUUAAAUUUUUGCACAAGAUAAAUUUUUGAUCCUAGAGAUUCAGAUGUUUGCAUCGGGUCAAACUGGGACUUGAAAGAGCUUGUUAACCCCAAAUUAGGGAUUGGUUGGGUAGGUAUAAGAGAUAAGGAUGCAAUUGGGUUAAGAAGUAGCGUUCAAUAAUACUUGGAUCUUAAAAUUUAUAUAUAGGACUCCAAGGAGCUUGUUAGCCCAAAAACUAGGGAUUGGUUGGGUCCACAGACAAGGAAGCCGUUCGGCUCAAGAAGAUAAGUUAAAAAAAAACUUGCAUCUUAAGUAAAGGCACAAAAUAAAUUUUUAUACCUAAGAUUGAAAUGGCACCAGGGUCCAACUCCUUCACCCUAAACCCAAAAACUAGGGAUUGGUUGGGUAGGGAGAAGAGACAAGAAAGCCAUUGGGGGGGGGGGGUCGAGAAGUAGAGUUCAAAAAUACUUGUAUCCUAAACUUACGAACAAGAUACAUUCUUGUACCUGAGAUUCAGAUGGCGCCAGGUCCAACUAGGAAUUCAAGGAGCUUCUUGGCCCUAAACUAUAAAACUAGGGAUUGGUUGGGUCCACAGACAAGGAGGCCGAGAAGAGGAGUUCAAUAAAAGUAUACAAACAGGAUACACUUUUGUACCUCAAAUUAAGAUGACACCAGGGUCCAAAUUGUACUCCAAGGAGCUUCUUAACCCUAAACCCAAAAACUCUGGAUUGGUCGGACAGUAGAGUUCAAACUUACUUGCAUCCUAAGCUUACAAACAAGAUGCAUUCUUGUACCUGAGAUGGCACCAGGUCCAACUAGGACUCCAAGGUGCCUCUUAGACCUAAAGCCAAAAAGUAGGGAUUGGUUUGGUCCAAAGACAAGGAAGCCAUCAGGGCCAAGAAGUAGAAUUCAAAAAUACUUGGUUGGUUUUUAUUUUUGUUUUUUAAAGUUUGCAAAUUAACACAUUUUUUGUAACUAAAUAAUUAAAAAAAUUACCGAGUCUGUGUGGUACCAGGCAGCUUAACGUGAUGCCCACAGAUGUAAGUUUCAUCGAGUCAUCUGGGUGGAAGGAAAGUGAAGCAGAUUCUUUGUGCUCCAAACAAUAAAGAGAGACCAGGUCUGUAACUGAAAUGGACGAUAGAACGUCUAGAACGAGGGGAUCUCAAACUGGUGGCCCUUCAUAUGUUGCAAAACUUCAACUCCCAGCAUGCCUGGACAGCCAAAGGCCUGUCUGCCUCCUCCAGAGGAUCCACACUGACCCUGAAAGGUAAAUCAAGGCUUCCCUUUGCAAAACUACAACUCUCAGUAUGCCCGGACAGCCAACGGCUGGGAGUUGAAGUUUUGCAACGUUUGGAGGGCCACCAGUUUGAGACCCUUGAUCUAGAACCUGUGGGAGGCACUAAUCCUUGUACCCCCGGCUCCGGCCUAAGUCCAGUCACUUCCUAUAUUCUCACCAAGUUUCUAGAUAUUUGUUUUUUUUUUUCCCCCGCCGAAUGUCUGCGGAUGACAUUGGGAGGUGGAGGUGGACAGCUGCUUAAUGCAGAAGUUUACGAUCAGCACAGGCUCAAUUACCAAAGACAAGUUUACAAUUUACAUCACAGCGUGCUAAACCUUCUCCGCGCUCGCGCCUCCAUCGUCGUGAUGUUCGUUCGCCGGGAUAAUUAGCCGGUCAUUUAGAGAAGAUAAAAAAAAAAAAAAAAAGAUGGAUGGGAAUAACACACGAGCGUCUCGGCGUCAGGUAGCGGCUCCUUUGGGAAAAAGCCGCCAAUUUUUUUUUUUUUUAGGAACAUCAAAAACCCGCAGGGGGCUCGUUCACCCCGCGACCGCACAGCAGGAAUCGCAGUAAUGAAUGGGAUUCGUGCCGCCAUCAUUAGCUUCUCCGAGCAGUCAGUCUUCACGUUACCUGUUGGCGGUGGCAGCCAAUAUUGUAAACAAGUGUUUUGUAAAUUAGAGGAACCUGGGCAGAUAUAACCUGAGACUUAAUGGAGCGGAAACCGCGUCUGGUUGGUUAAACCCAAAGAGUUGCGUUAACAGGCUUCUCAUUAAGGCGCCGUCCCGCCAUCCGAGAACGGCCCCUUCCCCCAGCCUUGACAAGUAAAAUAAUUUGUUUUUAAUGUCUUGGUUAAAUGAGCAUGAAGACUCCUUCUCCUUAAGACGUACGAGGAGUCAUAACUCAGCGUGAGCACCUGAGAUGGAGUCAUCGGCGGUCCUCGCCAACGGCGGACGGAGGGGGGGCUUCUUACGAUUGGGGUCACGGAGGGAGCAUGGUGGUGGGGGGCACAUAAUAUAGGAGGGGGAGGUGAUGUUUACUGUACAGGGGGCGAAGGAGAAUUAAGAUGCAGAUGGAAGGAGGGAGACAGAUGGAGGAGAGCGUCUCGCUGUGACAAACACUGAGCGAGACGUACGGGGAAAGAGACGCGCAGAUGGGAGGAGGAUGAGAACGAGGAUGAGCAGAGCCGAGACGGUAACGGAGGAGGAAGCGCUGAUCGCGGCCUUCACUCAUCCAUAGAGACGCCGAUCAGCAUGUCGUGCCCAAUGCGAGGGCGACAGAUAACAAGAAAGACUGUAGAGCCCAGAAAGGUGCAGGGAUCCCCAGACAAGAUGGCGGUGUACGGCUGGCGCCACCCAGAGGGUUUUCCCAAAUAUUCGCAAAAAAUUACUGCAACCAGAUGUAAGUCAGUAAAGAAAUCUAACACGCUAAACCUUUUUUGCUUCAAUGUUGUGUUUUCAUCAAUGUUUUUAUCCAAUCAAUGGCGAACAGCAGGUUUUCAAAAACAGCGAUGCUCUCGGUAUGGCGUUUUUUUUCACCCAGUUAGUUGCAUAAACAAAUGUAUGUGGAAACGAGUGGCGCAUUAUUUUAUUUUUGGUUAUAAAUAUAUCCUUGACAAUAAAGCCUCGAAUCAGGUGACUUGUAAAACGAAAAAAAAAACACUGGGAAAAAAAAUAUAUAUAUAUGUUGGUCUUUUCUUAUUAUUCGUUUUUUUUAAUCUAAAAAAUGUGCUACAACACAAGUAUGUACGAUAAAGGGCGGCGGACAGGAGCGCAGGCGGAGAAGAAUAUAGUCCCAACACUUCGCACGCAGCUUAAUGUAGGACUGUAAGGCUGUGUUCACACAAUAUAACGUUUAGUGACAUAUUUUAAAACGUACAUUUUUGGCCGUAAUCAGUAAAAAAAAAAAAAAAGCAGCCACAAUUUAUUUAUUUAUUUUCAAAUUUUGCUAUUCGGAUUUUUGCUGAUUACGAAUGAAAACGUUUGCGGUGAAUGAAAUAUUCCACUAAAU